AUGCUCCUGGGCUCCCUGCGUCUGGCCUCACUGCCAGUCAAGCCACGGAGAGUGGCUAACCCCCUUGGCUGCAAGCGGGCCCCCGAAGGCACCUGCCGCUUGCGCGGUCUCGAGAAGAAGACGCAGGUUCUGCAGCCCAGCGAGAAGAUGACGGCGGCCUACCGUGAGGCUGGCCGCGCGGUGGUGGGCUGGUUCCUGGGCGCCCAGCCCCCCGCGCGUCGGCGGUGUGGUUCAGGGCCCACUCCCCUCCCGGGGGCGCUGUGUGGGCACGGUGCCUUCCAGGCGUCCAUCAUCCCCCGGGGCAAGGGGCUCGGCUACACCCAGUGCCCGCCCAGGGAGCAGUACCUGUACACACGGAAGCAGCUCUUCGACUGCAUGUGCGCGGUGCUGGGUGGCCGCGUGGCCGAGCAGCUGUUCUUUGGGCAGAUCACCACGGGGGCCCAGGACAACCUGAGGAAGGCCACCCAGAAUGCCCACGCCCAGAUUGUGCAGUUCGGGAUGAGCGAGAGGCUGGGCCAGGUGUCAUUCGCCCUCCCCCGGCCUGGCGAGGCACUGGUGGAGAAGCCGUGCAGCGAGGCCGUGGCCCAGCUCAUCGACCAGGAGGCUUGGCGGCUGGUCAGCUCUAGGCACGCGCUCACCUUGGACCUGCUGACGUGCUGCCGGGAGAGGUGGACGAGGUGAGUGGGCGGGCGGCUGCUGGAGAAGGAGGUGCUGGAGCGGGCCGACAUGGUGGAGCUGCUUGGGCCCCGAUCCUUCGCGGAGAAGACCACCUACGAGGAGCUCGUGGAGGGCACGGGGGGCCUGGAGGAUGGCACGUCCUUUCCCCAGGGGCUGAAGGGCUGGCGCCGGCGGCCGGAGGAGGGCGGCAUGCAGGAGAGCCCAGCCUAG